GCUCGCUAAACCACUCACGCCCAAAGGGCUGGUGGGAUUAGCGCGGACCUCCGAAAGUUGAUGGUCAUGCAGAUGCAAGUUCCUCUCGCAUCACGCAUCCUGAGAGCCCCAGGGACCUUCGAAUGCGCUUGGAGACCUCUGCAAAGGCCUCCGCGGCGCCCUCUGCGGAAACCCCUUCGGGCCUCCGGCGAGGUACAACCACGUCCGACGGUGGCAGAGGCGCCUCCGCAGCAUUCAGCAGAGGCUGCACCAGAGCAGAGGCUCCGCCGCGGGCUUCGGCGAGGGUGCCUCCGACCAGCCGCAAACCAUGCGGGGCCCCAGAAGGCGCAUCGGCAGCAUGGCCCGGAAGCUCCGCGAGGGCCCGAAGAAGGUGGUCGGCACCAUGCGGGAAAGGCAGCAGGUGCUCCAGCAGGAGUACCAGAGGCAGGUGCUGGAGCUGAAGGGCCGUCUCGACCAGGGCCUGUCGAGGGCGCGGUCAUCCAGGGCCAGGCAGCUGCGCCACAUGGUCUGCUUCGUCUGCUCCAUGGCCGACGUGGUGGUCACGUCGAUCUGGCUGGGUGCGUCGCCGUGGACACUCCACUGGUACUACACGAUCAAGCUGUCGGGGCUCAUCGUUGGCCGGGCCGUGUGGUACCGCUGGCACGGCUGGCACUAUUUCUUGUAUGAUCUGUGCUAUUUUAGCAACCUCGUUCUGCUGGUCUACAUCUGGGUCCUGCCGAACAGCGAGGUGCUCUUCGAGGCGGCGUACGGGCUGAGCGGCGUCCUGAUGGUCUCCAUCCCCGUGUUCCGAAACUCAUUCGUGCCGCACUCCCUGGACCGCAUCACAUCGUUGCACAUUCACUUGGGCCCGGCGCUGCAGCUUUAUGUCCUCCGCUGGUACUCGAACGGGCGCCCAGUAUGGUGGUCGGAGACAUGCCCCAGCGGAGGACUGCCCGCGGAAGAGGUGCGGAGCUGGUUCGGCCUGGCGGGCGCACCCUGCGUUUUCAGGAUACCCGACGCGUACUCCGUGCUCCCCAGCCUGUGCGUGUACGCGGUGUUCAUCGUGGGCUAUUGCGUCAACCAGUUCUUCUGGAAUCGCAAGACGAUCGAUAGAAGGGGUUACGCCACUCUCUAUCAUCACAUGGCCUACGACAUGGGCAUCAUCAACAGGCUGCCCACCAGGCUGCGGGGGCCGUGCGCCAGCCGCUGCGUCUUCGUGGUGGGCCACUUCCUGCUUUUCUGCGCCGGGCUGCCAGUCGUCCACGCCCCUUGUCUGCUCCACACGGCUCUGCUGUGCGUCGUGACGGCGUGGGCCCUCUGGAACGGGGCCUCCUUCUACAUCACGUACUUCUGGAGGGUGUACGAGGAGCAGAUCCACGCCUUCGAGAGGCAGAUGGCGGAGGCGGCCUCCAAGUCAGCGCACCCGGACGUCCAGGAGGCGCCCCUCACCCCGCGCGGCGGCCGCUGCACGGACACCUCCACGGAGCCGCCGAAGACCAGCGAGGACCCCACCAGCCCGACAGACGCCGACGACGAGGGCACCGACGCAGGCCCUCAGCCCGACGGCCCCGACAAGACUGCCUGAGGGGCGCCGCUUCGCGGCGCCCGCGUCGGGGGCCGCAGAUCCGACGUGGGUGGCCCUCGGCGCCAGGGGUGCCGAACCCCCUCGGGAGCCCUGAGACGGGGGUCAAUGCAAACGGGGGUCAGCCAGAGCGCCGGAUCUUGCCGGACCCUGCAGGGCCAGGGUCGCAUUGACCCGGGUCUGGGGUUUGGGCGCAGGGUCCUGCAGGAUCCUUCGCAUGGGCCCAGGUUUUGGGUGCAGGAUCUUGCAAUGGCCUGACUGACCCGGGGCGGGAUUGACCCGGGUCAGAAGAUCCCCGACCCCGUCGCGCUUCUCGUCUCCCCGCCUCCGCCCCAGCCUUUGAGUCCCCGAGGCGCCCUGGUCGCAGGGUCGGGCAUGCCCGACGUGACCAGGGUGCAGGUCCUGGUAGCAAAGCCCAUGCAAACGGGGCGUUAGCAAACUGGGCGGCAGCUAAGGGGCC